UCUCUAUAAAACCCCCUUCUCUCCUUAAACACAAUAUUCCUCCACACACCAAUAAACAACAAUGGCAUCAAAACCACUCCUCUUUUUCAUAUUACUAUCCCUUCCAAUCCUCCCAUUUCUUUCUUCUGCAACACCAAGUUUGGAUUCCCAUUCUUCUCCGGCGCCACCCACCCAUUUUUCAGGCGGAAGCUCCUCCCAUUACCACCGCCAUUUCUCUAAUUUACGCAAACUCAAAUCCUCCCUCUCUGUUCGCCACGAGUCCGCCCCCUCUGCCCCAAAUCCCAGUUUUAUAACGACACCACCAUCUGGCGCUCGUGUGUAUCACGUGACAUCGUAUGGAGCCGAUCCCACCGGAAAAACCGAUAGCACAGAUUCGCUUCUGAAGGCAUUUUCGGACGUUUACAAUUCUAACGGUGAAGGCUCGUUGAUGGAGGGCAUCAAGAAUCUAGGAGGCGUUCAGAUUAAUCUGGACGGUGGUAAUUUCAUGAUUAGUCGUCCUUUGCGCUUACCUGGUGUCGGUGUAGGCAAUGUCGUGAUACACGGAGGCAGUCUACGAGCUUCAGAUGAUUUUCCUUCGGAUGGAUACCUAAUCGAAUUAUCAUCGUCUUCCUCAGCCCCCAAGAACAGUUUUGAUAACCAAAAAACCAUCAACUCUUCAUCUCAAGAUGCGAUCCUUAUUUCUUCUCCUUCAUCCUAUAAUUACGAAUAUAUCUCUUUCAAAGACCUUCUCUUGGAUUCCAAUUUCAGAGGUGGCGGCAUUUCCGUCCUCAAUUCCUUAAGAAUAACCAUCGACAAUUGCUACAUUACUCAUUUCACCACCAUCGGUAUUUCUGUUCAAGGCGGUCACGAGACCUACAUCCGCUCCUCUUUCCUCGGCCAACACAUUACUGCCGGCGGUGAUCCAGGUGAACGAAACUUCUCCGGAACUGGAAUCAGUCUCCUUGGCAAUGACAACGCCGUCACUGACGUUGUCAUUUUCUCCGCUGCCACUGGAGUCCUCGUCCAAGGUCAAGCCAACGUUCUCACGGGCGUUCAUUGCUACAACAAGGCUACUGGAUUCGGGGGUACAGGAAUUUACUUGCAAUUACCAGGAUUAACGCAGACUAGAAUCUUGAAUUCGUACAUGGAUUACACCGGAAUCGUAGCGGAAGAUCCAGUUCAACUCCAGAUUGCCAACACAUUCUUCCUUGGCGACUCUUAUAUCACGCUGAAAUCAAUGAACGGCGUGGCGAGUGGAGUGAACAUCGUGGACAAUAUGUUCAGUGGAUCGGACAAAGGAGUGGCCAUCGUUCAACUGGACGAAUCCAAAUCGGCAUUCAAGCAAGUAGAUCAAGUGGUGGUAGAGAGAAACAACGUGAGAGGAAUGCAAGCGAAAUCAACGGUUGGAAGCGCAGAAUUGGAAGGAAACGGAACUUCAUGGGUUCUGGAUUUCAAUCCUGUUCUGUUGUUUCCAAAUCUCAUUAAGAACGUUCAGUACACGUUUCGAAGCAUUGACAACGGAUUUCCGAAGCAUAUAGUGAGAAAUGUAUCGGAUAAUCGGGUGGUGAUUGAGACGGACGUUGCGGUGGUGGGAAGCGUGUUUGCGAGGGUGGAUCAGGGGACGAGUUAGUUUAGACAAAGAAUGGUUAAAAAAGAAAAAGAAAAAGAAAAGUUAAUAAAUUAGAUUUUAUGAAUGAAAUAAAUUAUGAUUGAAUUUGACCACAGAAAGUGUAAGUAAGUAGAGUGAUUGGUAGUUUCAAAAUUGGGUGGAAGGAUGGAAAAGAAGGCAAUGUGAAAUGUUGGCUUUGUUCUCUGCUUUCGCAAAUGUUUUGUCAAGUCUGGAAGAACGAUAAAAACAAGACUUGCUUUUU